UAUUUCUCCGGUGUUCACUUUAUAAAUUUCAUAAAGGUCAUCCUAUCUAAAUAUAAGAUGUGAAAUAUUUUCUUAAUCAAAAUCUAAAAUUAACCUGGUUCUAUCAGGUCAAAUUUGUAUGAAAUGUGGAAUAUUUUUUCAGGUUGUGUCUUUAUUUAUAUCGCGUCAGUAAAUUCUUCCUAGUCACAACAGCACCUUAAAGUAAAGAUAAUUUCUGCAGUGGUGCCCAUUACUUAAAUCGUCAAAUGAGAUCAUUUAAGCAAAUUUUCAGAAGUCAAAUGUUACUCAGCAGUAGGAAACGUACCAGAAAAAGCAUGGACAACAUUCAUACACAUAUUUCUGUAUUCCUAAUAUUAAUCACGGUGAUAUCCCGGACAAAUGGCUUUAUACUUGAAGAAAAGUGUGAUGCCCCAAUACAAUGCACGUGCUCAUCGCCAACCAUUGACUGCUCUAACAAACGUCUACCAAGAAUUCCGCAGUUUAAUAUGUCAAACCCCCUACACAUGAUGUAUUUACAAUUACAGCACAACCGAAUAAUUGUGGUUCCUGAAGACUCCUUUGUUGGUAUCAGUGCUGAUCAGAUGUAUAUUGACAUGUCAUCAAACCACAUGCGAGAUAUACACCCACUCGCCUUCAAAAGUAUCCAGGACAAGAUAACCAUAUUGAAACUGGACCACAAUCUACUGACCACUGUUCCAGUCGCAGUUGCCAACCUCACCAAACUUGUUUAUCUUGACGUACAUGCAAAUCCAAUAAAGUCUUUCGAUCAAACUGUUUUAGAGCCCCUUGGUGGUCAUCUUGAAAUAUUCUAUGCUGGAUCUGACUCAUUGGCUGAAUGGCCGAGCGAACUAAGUUUUUUGAAACAUUUGAAGGCACUUCAUCUCUUUGAUUUUACGAUGAAUGACCUGCCCGUCGAUGCAUUCAAAAGCGUAGCCACAUCUCUAGUUAACUUUGAAAUCGACGGGUCUAAUUUGACACGAAUACCACAUGCCGUGUGUAAUUUGCAACGAGUAGUUAAUUUCUAUUUUACCAGCAAUAUCAACCUUGACGAUGAUGAUAUUUUACCAGUUUGCAAUUCCGCCCUUACAUCAGUCACUUCCGUGACUAUGGACAACAACAAUUUGGUAGAAUUUCCGAGAGUCUUUACUCUGUUUCCAAGCAUGUCGAGUUUGUCCUUGUCGUCUAACCCAAGACUGACUUCUAUGUCUGGUGUUUCAGUUCCGGAAAGUACUGCACUAACAUCAUUAACCCUUAGAGAAAAUAACUUUUAUGAAAUUCCUCAACAUAUUGGGAAUUUAACAAACUUGCGGACCCUUGACUUUCAGUCAAACAAUAUCACAGAACUUUUUGACAAUGACCUUGAUCAUCUUACUCAUUUGACACGCCUACUUUUAAGCAAUAAUCCAAUCAGCUUGAUCGAUGACCACACCUUCACAAACAGGAGCAGCCUUUAUCAGCUUAGUCUUGAUGGAACAGACCUUCCAACAAUACCGCGGACAAUUCAGGACCUUAAGAAUCUGCAUACAUUAGACUUUAGGAAAAAUAAAUUGAACUGCAGUUGUGAUUAUCUUGCUUGGAUGAAAAGUUGGCCGCAAGUCAAUUCAAUCCAUAUUACCGGCGAAUGUGCAAACCCACAUUUUGGUGAACCAAUCCAAACGUUCAUUCUGUUGGAGUUACCUAGAUGUCAGUAAUGAUAGUAUUUGAAAUCCUUUGUAUGUUUAAAUUAAACGUCACAUAUAACAUGA